AUGUUCUCCUCCAGCGUCAUCCGACGGGGACGCUGCUCCCUGGCCAGGCCACCCGCUGCAACGCGUUGCAAAGUGAUAGUAGUAGACCGAGGUCAACCACAGACCAGCAGGAAAGGUCAACAACAUGCGGCGAUCCAUCGGUGUCCCGCAGGUGCAGCCGCAACAGCACCGCCAGCUAGAGGCGGAGGGGCACCGUCUGGAGAAGCAGCGGCGGGAAAGGUACAGGGAAGCAUCGCUAGUUGCUGCGGGACGAAACACAAUCUAGUGCUUGGGCCGGGGAUUAAGCAGCAUCAAUAUUUUCUGUCGGAGACCACCGGCGGGACUGUCAACUGGCGACGGCACGCAUCGACGCUGAGUCGGGGCGACAACUGCUGUCUCUCGCUGCGACCAGGGGCCGCUUCGUCUGCGUUGCGCAGCCGAUCCUUGCAGACUGGUGGGCCCGCUCUUCAGCUAGAUAGGCGUGGUUUCUCAGCUGGACAAGGGCCCGACAGCGAUCACGAUGGCGGUUACGAAUAUGACUACAGCAGCGGCGACAGCGGCAGCGACAGUGAGUGCGAGUCUGAGAGUACGCUUUUCGGGGCUAGCAGCGGGGCAAAAACGGCGGCGAAGACCGAGGAGGCAGGGGCACUGACAGCGGUGAAAGAACCACCGGCGAAGAAGAACACGAAGCCCAGAAUACCGCGCAACAGACGCGGUGGGAAAGGCGAGAGGAACCCCUCUCCGACAGAAGCCGUUCAAGCGGUAGCAGUAGCGGAUGGGGAUGCAGGAACACCGGCACCGUCACCCGAGGCCUCAGAAGCACCGCCAAAGAAGGCCCCAAAGGCCAAAACCCCGCGCAAAAGACGUGGCAACCAAGUCAAGAGGAACCCCUCUCCGACAGCAGCCGCUCAAGCGGCAGAAGCAGCGGACGGGGAAGAAGCAGGAACAACAGCAACCGAGGCCGCAGCAGACCCACCGGCAGCGAACAAGGCCCCGAAGGCCAAAGCCCCGCGCAAGCGACGUGGCGGCCAAGGCGAAAGCUCCCGCUCUCCGAACGCUGGACCCAAAGAUGCAGAGAGAAAAGGUGCCGCAGCAAAUGCGGCGGAGGCAGGAACGGACCCGAGAGUCCCCAAGGAGAGGAAGGCGUCGUUCGAGCGCGCGCGACGUGCGGGCGUAGCCCGAAGAAUCGAAGAGGGAGGGGGCGUUCCGCGGGAUAGUGAUAGCGGUAGCGGCAGCGGUAGCGGCAGCGAGGCCGACUCGGGCGGCGAGGGAGACGAGGGCAGCGUCCCCGACGAGUCGCCCUUUCCGUGGAAGGAGGCAGAAACGCCUCCUUUCACCUGGCAGGACCCGGAUGCCCCCGUCGUUCCCAAGCCUUUCCUGGGGGGAAGCGGCGCCGACGGCGAGAAGGGCGGGGCGGCGGCGGGCGCGGAAGCGAAGAGCACCGGGGGCGGUGGCAAGUCUACACGAAGAAGAGGUCAGCGCAAGAAGACCCAACAGCAGCAGCUGCAGCUGCAGCAGGAAGAGCACCCAGUGCUGGGAUGCUUGGUGGCCGACCUCAAGUACAAGCGCGUGUACGUGUCGUCCUUGGAGGCCCUGGAGAAGGUGCGGGUGUGGGAGGAGGCGCGGACUCUGCGGCCGGUGCACGCGGCCGAGAUCUUCGAGGGCAAGGCGAUCGAGGCGCAGAAGCUCGAGGUCAGGCGGGUCAAGGAGGACGGCAAAGAAGAGAAGGACGAGAAUCUGCUGACGAAGAGAAAUCAGCAGUACGUCUUGGGGGUCGUCGAUGGGCAGCACCGCCUACGGGCGCUGAAGAUGCUGGCGGACGCGAAGAUGUGGGACCACUCGGAGCGGAACGUGGUGGUAGAGGUGUUCGACGCCAAGGACGAGAGGGACAUCGAAGAGCUGUACGCGGAAAUCAAUAGGGCGGAGCCGGUUCAAAUCGAUCUAGACAUACCAGGGCCGCAAGAGGUGUACAAGUGCGCCGAGGAGGUUGUCCUUCACUUGUACAAGUUGAUAAGAACCGGGUUGAUCGAGCGGCACGAGCUGUUCACCCCCCACCUUCUCCUCGACUUCCUGCUGAGGGUGAACGAGAUGAUGUCCAGGCGGGACGUGCAGACGUGGGCGCUCAUGGUCGGCGACGAGGAGGGCUGCUAUUACCAGAACUCGUGA